AUGCAGCUCAGCUUCCUCCUCACCAUGCUCUUCGCCAUCUUCGCCCGGGCUGCCAUCCUACCGCGAGACCAGCUUCCACUCUCCGAUCGUCCGGCUCUCUCUCACGUCGACACGCUGGACAUCUGCCCCGAGCUCGAGGUCACCUGCGUGCUAGACGGGGACUGGCGUCAUCCUGUAGGGCGUCUAGGCAAGAAGCGCGAGUCCCUUCCCAUCUCCAUCUGGACACAUCAAGAUCUCGACCCAACGUCAAAAGGGAUCUCAGCUGACCCCUCAGCAUUCUGCCGGAAAGGCCUGCGAUGCAACCAGUGCUAUGAGGAGGGGAACACGCGGGAGUGCAACAGGCAGUUUGUGGAGUGUGGGAGAAGCUGCGAGGCGUACGGACCCAUACCAUUCUAG